ACAGAGUUUACUUUCGCCUGGUGCAGAUCUGUGUAAAAAAGUUGAUAGGAGAAAAUUCCAUUUCACCAAUUUUCCAAGUCCGAUCAUGGUUUGGGCCACCGAUAAAUCGCAGGAUGGGAAUUUGUACGAUGGUGUUGGAAAGACUGAGGGAUCAGUGCCUGCCAUGCAGGGUCAGGCUGCAGAUGCUCCGAACUACUUGGAGCACAUGUGCGCCCUGGACAUUGAUUCGAAGGCCUCCUAUGUUAGAUUGUCUGGGAUAAUAUGUACAAUUGGACCAGCAUCCAGGGAUCCUGCCACUCUUCUGCGCAUGAUGCAGACCGGCAUGAACAUCGCUCGUUUGAACUUCAGCCAUGGCACCCACGAGUAUCAUGCCCAAACUAUUGCCAAUUUGCGCCAAGCUGUUGCCACUUACAGCGAAAAAUUAGGAAUGACCUACCCCUUGGCUAUUGCUUUGGACAAUAAAGGACCAGAGAUCAGGACAGGACUUUUGGAAGCAGGUACCAAUGCCGAAAUUGAAUUAAAACGCGGCGAAACCAUCAAACUGACCACCGACAGAGCCUAUUCCGAACGAUGCACCGAUCAAAUUUUAUACUUGGAUUAUGAAAACAUUGUUAGAGUGGUUAAACCAGGAACAAGGAUUUUCAUCGAUGAUGGCUUAAUUAGUGUCAUAGUGCAAAGUGUAGCAACAAAUACCUUGAUUUGCCAAAUUGAAAAUGGUGGCCUUCUAGGAAGCCGUAAAGGUGUCAAUCUGCCAGGAGUUGAAGUCGAUUUACCUGCGCUCUCAGAAAAAGACAAACAAGACCUUCGUUUUGGAAUCGAGCACGACGUUGAUAUGAUUUUCGCUUCUUUCAUUCGAGAUGCCAAUGCUUUAGAUGAAAUUAGAGCAGUAUUAGGAGAAAAAGGACGCCGAAUUAAAGUUAUCUCUAAAAUAGAAAACAAACAAGGAGUAGCUAAUGCAGAUGAGAUCAUUAGGGCUUCCGAUGGUAUCAUGGUUGCGCGAGGUGACUUGGGAAUAGAAAUACCACCAGAGAAAUUGUUCCUUGCGCAAAAGUCUAUUAUCUCAAAGAGUAACAAACUUGGUAAACCAGUAAUCGUCGCCACUCAUAUGUUAGAAUCCAUGGUUCGUAAACCAAGACCAACCCGCGCAGAGACAUCCGAUGUUGCCAAUGCAAUCCUGGAUGGAGCUGAUUGCGUCAUGUUGUCUGGUGAAACUGCCAAGGGUGAUUAUCCAAUCGAAUGUGUGCUGACGAUGGCCAAUAUCUGUAAAGAAGCUGAAGCAGCUAUUUGGCAACGACAAAUAUUUGCUGAUCUAUGCGCCGAGGCUAGUGCUCCAAAUGAUGCUGCUCAUUCCGUGGCCAUCGCGUCAGUGGAAGCAUCAGCAAAAUGUUUAGCAGCAGCAAUUAUUGUUAUCACAACUAGUGGAAGAUCUGCACAUUUGAUUUCUAAGUAUCGACCAAGAUGUCCAAUUAUUGCUGUGACACGAUAUGCACAGACCGCACGACAAUGCCAUCUAUUCAGAGGAAUUCUUCCACUAGUCUACCAAGCUGCCCAACUUCCUGACUGGUUGAAGGAUGUCGAUGCCCGUGUGCAGUUUGGAAUGAAAUUCGGCCAGAGUCGUGGUUUUAUAAAACCAGGAAAUCCAGUAAUCGUGGUCACUGGAUGGAAACAGGGAUCAGGAUUCACCAACACCAUGCGCAUCGUAAAUUGUGAGUAAAUAGAGACUGCCGCCUUUUAGAAAAUAAUUUUCAUAGCAGACCACUUCAUGGGACGAGUGUUUACUGCAUUAAUCAAUUCAUUAUGUGAAUAAUGAGAAUUUAAUUAAUUAGUAUAAACUAAGUUCUAAUAUUUCUAUAA